AUGACCACCCCGGAAUGCAGCAACAGCACAGGUGGAGUUAUAAGUUACAUUGGCUCCAGUGGCUCUUCUCCAAGUCGGACCAGUCCCGUUUCACUGUACAGCGAAUGCUCAACUGGAAGCCCACAGAGUGGAGCACCACACUACCCAUCCUACCUGCCGCCAUCACCUUCCCACUCUUACUGUGCCAGCUCAGCGGGGGAGACCUCUCCUGGCUCAUCUUAUGGCCUGGCUUCAUCUCCUGCUGGACUCCACGUGGCACUUGAUGAUGGAAGCAGGGUAUCACCAAGCAAAACAUCCAGCAGCAUAACAAAAUUGAAUGGAAUGGUCUUACUAUGUAAAGUCUGUGGAGAUGUUGCCUCUGGAUUCCAUUAUGGAGUACAUGCCUGUGAGGGCUGCAAGGGUUUUUUCCGGCGCAGCAUUCAGCAGAAUAUUCAGUACAAGAAAUGUUUGAAGAAUGAGACCUGCUCCAUUGUGCGGAUUAACAGAAACCGAUGCCAGCAGUGCCGCUUUCGAAAGUGUCUUGCAGUGGGCAUGUCUAGAGAUGCUGUGCGGUUUGGUCGUAUUCCAAAAAGAGAAAAACAACGAAUGCUGGCAGAGAUGCAUAGCGCAAUGAGUCACAUUGCUGGCGGCCACUUUGGGAGAAGGAGUCCCGUUCCACUUCAGCCACAACAAAUUCGUCCUUCAUCUCCACCUCACAUGGGUCCAAACUCCUGUCGUUCACCUCCUUCUAUCUCAGAACCCUAUCCCCAGUACCCACAACAGCUGACACCUCCACGCUCUCCCAGUCCAGAACGUGUUGAUGAUGUUAUUGGUCAGGUGGCCCAGGCUCAUAGACAAAUAUUUAUCUACGCCCAUGAAAAGUUCAGUGGAAAGGUGACGUCCUGGGAGAACCCUCAUGAGAACCAACCAUCUGCUUGCUGGACACAAAACAGUGGAGAGCACAAAGAAAACCGCAGUGUUCACCUGGCAUGUCCUAUGAGUGCUCUACCCCGUGGAGGUCCACCUCGCUCUAUGCAGGAGGUCUGGGAGGAUUUUUCACUUAGCUUUACCCCAGCUGUGCGGGAGGUGGUGGAAUUUGCCCGUCAUAUUCCUGGAUUUCAAGACUUGACUCAACAAGAUCAAGUCACCCUGCUAAAGGCUGGAACAUUUGAGGUCCUCAUGGUACGAUUUGCCUCUUUGUUUGAUGUGCGGGAACGCUCCUUGCGUUUUCUCAGUGGAGCUACAUACUCUCUGCCAGAGCUUCAAGCAAUGGGGAUGGGUGAGCUUCUUAGCUCAAUGUUUGACUUCAGUGAAAAGCUGGCAUCUCUUAACCUGAGCCACGAGGAACUGGGGAUCUUCACUGCACUUGUCCUUGUUUCUGCAGAUCGAUCUGGAAUGGAGAAUGCUUCAUUGGUUGAGCAGCUGCAGGAGACUCUGAUACGCGCUCUUCGCUCUCUCAUCCUGAAAAACAGUCCGAACGACAUUUCUCGUUUCACAAAACUACUACUGCGGCUGCCAGACUUGCGGACCCUUAACAGCAUGCACUCGGAGAAGCUGCUUUCAUUCCGUGUCGACACACACUGAAGUUAACGAUAGCUGCAUGGGCACCAACAUUACAAACCUUCUCCUGGUUGCAUUAUCGACUUUGUCACUUCUUGAGGAAAGAACCGAUGACAGACAUUGUACUGAGGGAGAAAUGGGAAAAUAUCCACAGACUAUGAUGUCAACCUCUGUUACUGAUGACGUCAUUGGAUAGGCACAAAAAUGACCACUGGCAUGUCUAAAGUGGGGCACGAGACGCAGGAGCUGCAGUGCCACGUGUAUAUUUAUACAUAUAUACAUGUGUAAAUAUGUUACUGUCAUACAGUGUCAACCAUUGUGUAAAUAUUUGUGUGUAUAUCAGUUGUGCAAAAUAUAAAUAUUUUAUGACACCAUUCACUCGUGUGUGUUGUCGUACCCUCUAUCCAUAAUACCACGUAUAUCAGAUAGGAACAUGCAGUGUACAUCUGUAGUGUUAACUGUUAAACUGAACCAGGUGCUUCAAAGGGUCAAGAUAUACUCUCCGAAAACGAGUCGCUCAUCUAGUCAAGAUGCAUGGAUGAGGCUGGCACUUCAGCUGUGAAGACCCCGAUAAGGUUCAGGUGUAUAGGAACCCUCUGCGCUUCACAGCCUGGUGACUGAUGGACAGAGCCACCUGCCCUACAGCGACCCUUACUGAAGCAGUGCUCUGUGUAGGUAUACGGUACAUAUAUGCAAAUUGUCUGUGUACAUACAGUAUACGUUGUAUUUAUAUUUUGUAAGUAUUUAUAUCUAAAGUACGAGAUUGAUCUGUAAAUAAAAUCAGU